CGUUGCAGUGCGGUCGGCGCAGUUUUCAGUGUUUUCACACCGUACUAUUCUGAAUUGUGAUAAGUUGUGCGGCCAAUCGGGAGCCAUGCGUCGGAGCCGCCAGCGGUCGGCCGUGUGGGAGCACUUUGGCCCAAAGGACGGCAACAACCGGGUCAAGUGCAAGUACUGCGGUAGGCUCGUGUCGGCGCAGGGAGGCACCACCACCAACGCCAAAAACCACUUGCGAAGCUGGCACGUGGACAAGUACUUGUUAGUGGCUGGAAGUGACAAAGACACUGGUGCUGAUUCUGAUGUUGAUAAUAUCGCCGAGGAGCAAGAGAUCUCAACCCUAGAGAAUGAAACGAAUGCGUCGUCUCAAUCAGCGUCAGGCGGUAGCGGCACAUCCCCGUCCCCGUCACCGACCUCGCCCUCGCCGACACCGUUUUCACCACCUUCAUCACCUGCUCCGUCUAACUCAAGAACUCCAACACCUACCCCUACUAAACGACCAUCGAGUGCUGCUAGCAAUAGCAGCCAGCCAACCCUAGAGGCCUACCGGUGCGACUCCAAGACCACCGAGAGACUGCAUUUUGCCGUGACCUAUUACAUUGUGACAAGUAACAGGCCUCUCAACACUGUAGAGAAGGACGGGUUCAAGGCCAUGCUCCACGCUUUCAAGCCCAACUACAAGGUCCUGUCUCGUCGUACGCUCACCGACAAUUACGUGCCAAAAUGUGUUGAACAACUCAAGUCUUGGGAUCUCGACCCUAAAAAGUGUGCAGCACUGACAUCUGACAACGCGUCGGAGAUGCGGCUUGCAUGUGAGCUCAUGGACAUCCCACACAUGCGCUGCAUAGGCCACACAAUUCAGAACGGUGUCGAAGAACUUCUGAAACAACCGACCAUCAAGCCUGUUAUAAAGGAAGCGAAAGAACUUCUAAAUUGGGCCAACGGCGCAAAGAAAGCCAUGAUUAUCUACGAGAGUUUGCCGCGGCAUACCAAAGAGGCAAAUAUUUGA